CCCAAUCAUUCAAAGAUGAAAUUGAAAGCAGCACUUGCCUUCAAAUGCACGAACCUUCUCAACCCAUGCAGAAAAAUACUUCUAAUCUUCAAAUUCAAAUUCAAAAAACCCCUCUUUAUAAGAGCUCUUUGCUCUUGCAAAACCCAAUCUGGAACCACAAGGACGACUCCUAGAAAACUAGCAAAAGGUUUGCCAUCACUAUUUGGUUUGCUGAGAAGAUCAAGAGAGAUGGACCGACUCAAGGAGCUCAAGAGUUUUUCUGAUGCAGGGUAUCACAAGGCACCCUUCCUGUCUCCUCUGACCCCAGCUUAUGUGAGGAUGAGCGGAGCUGAUCAGAAGAAGGGGGUUUUGGUUCAGGAAGACGUAGAGGACGCAUGUAGGAGCUUUGAGAAUUACUUGGUGGAGAUGAUUGUGGACGAGGGGAAAGUGAGGGAUUUAGCGGACGUGGAAGAGCUUCUCUAUUGCUGGAAAAACCUCAAGUGUCCUGUUUUUGUCAAUUUAGUAUGUAGAUUCUAUGGGGAAUUAUGCAAAGACUUGUUCUCCAAUAGUGAGGAGAACGUCACUACACCCUAGCCAGUGACCUCUACAUAAGAAUUGGUCUGCAGAGGUUGAUUCAUUUUCUUCUUCUUCUUCGUCUCCCUCAUCUUUACGUGUUACACACCUCUGUAUAAUGUGAUAAAACAACCAGUGGAAUAAAGCCCAUUUCCUUAAAGAUCAAUCAAAAUGUUUUUGCAGAACACACUUAAUCAGCAAGGCAAUCAUCCGAUGAGUAGUGCUCUACAAGCAUAAAAUCUAUACAAAAUUAUGAUUCAGGAUGAUGUGAAGGCCUUCUGUCUUUAUUUUAAAAGAAAAUGUCCAUCAAUGUAACUUAUAUCUUUAAGAUUGUCAUUGUCACAUUAUUCUAGUCUAAAAUUCUAUAUAAAAAUUGUGGCGGUAAAUCAUUUUCCAUCCAA